GAGUUCACCACACAAACACACAACGCACAUCACAGCGAGCGCCCCCCACAGCAAAAAAAAAUAGAAAUAGAAAAACACACACACAGCACGCAAAAUGAGCAAACGCAAACAACAAAUGUUGUGUUCGGUGGUGCAAUAAAUUGGAAAGAAGUUCAGAAUAAUGCAAAAGUGUUGCGUUAGAAUUGUACAAACAACUACAACAACAACUGCAAUAACGGUGUAAAAAGAAUCACAAAUCACAAUUAAGUGCCAUCUACUAAGCUGAGUGGCUCUCGUUGUUGUUGCCUAGUCUUGUGCGUGUGUGUGCUGUGUGUGUGUGAUUGUUUGUGUGCUCGAGUGUGUGUGUGUUCUUGUUUGUAUGUUUGUGCAUCGCACAACAACACAACACAACAACAACAGCAGCAACAACAACAACAAGAAAGCACAAGAAAACUGCAACUGCAACUCAAACAGAAUCGAAAUCUGAUAUAUACAAUAAUACAUACAACAACAGCAACAAGAACAACAUUUAUACACAAACAGAAAAGUGAGCGCACGUGGAACAGCAGCAGCAGCAGCACAAGUGGGAACAGCGGCAAGUGGGAACAGAGAGGGAACAGUGGGAACAGACAGACAACCGUUGCUUGCAGACAAAAGGGAACAUCUGCAGCGCACGCAUUACAAACACACAUACAACACAACCAACACACAUUGACAUCGGUCGACGUCGACGUCGCUGUCGCUGCGAUUGCAUUAAGCUGAGAGCAGGAGACUGAGACUGAGGUUUGUUCUGUGACCCACGACGACACUCUGGCAGACGACGCUGGACAUAAUCGUUCAAUGACAGCAGCCGCAGCCGCAGCCACAGUCGCUGCCACUGCUUCAGCCUCUGCCUCUGCCUCUGCCACUGCUUCUGUCUCUGUCUCUGUCGUUGUUGUCGCGGCGCCGUCGUUCUCAUCAUCAUCGUCGUCGUUGUCGUCGUUGUCGCUCGCCGUAAGCAACGCGCGCAGUUAACGCCCAACAGUAGCAGCAGCAGCAGCAGCAGCCGCAGAGCCUUUUGCCCCGGUCUCAGCAGUGGGCCAACACAAAGCCAAGAAGUGCACUUCUCCAACAGCGAUACAGUCAGAGUCCAAGACUAGCAAGAACAAGAAGAACAACAACAGCAGCCAACAAAGCAAAAGGAAAAGCAACAACAACAGCAACAAGGAGCAACAACUGCGGCGAAUUUUUGUUUUAGCAACAAUGGUUAAGACCUUUCAAGCCUACUUACCGUCCACAAAUCGGACCUACUCAUGUGUUCAUUGCCGUGCUCAUCUCGCAUCCCACGACGAGCUCAUCUCGAAAUCAUUUCAGGGCAGCCAGGGGCCGGCAUAUCUCUUCAAUUCGGUGGUGAAUGUGGCCUGUGGCCAGACCGAGGAGCGAGUCCUUUUAACGGGACUGCAUGCGGUCGCCGAUAUCUAUUGCGAGUGCUGCAAAACGCCGUUGGGCUGGAAGUAUGAGCACGCCUACGAGUCGAGUCAAAAGUAUAAGGAGGGUAAAUUCAUUAUUGAGCUGGCGCACAUGAUCAAGGAGAAUGGCUGGGAUUGAACGAGAGAGAGCGAGCGCACACGAUGAUGCGACGCGAUGUGGAGGCUGGGCAGCAGGCUGGUCAGGGCAAAUGGGCAAGAACAAGUGAAGAAGAAGAACAAGGAUGGGACAAGGACUGGAACAAGGGCUUGAGCUAAAGCUUGGUUUGGAAACGCGAAUAUGGCAACAAUCAACGUUGAUGGCGAGCGAGCGAGCAGCAGCAGCAGAAGCAGCGAGUGCAGUCGAUUGAUCGAGUCGAGUCAAGUUUAAGAAGCGAGUUCGAGAGUUUUAGGGUACCACAAUAUAUAUAUGCUAUUAUAUAGUACAUAACUCGUCGUAUCUUAUAGAACAAACACACACACACACACAUUAUACAUACAACUACAUACAUACAUCAACACACACUCAUACACACACAUAUACAGCUCCAAAAUGGCCGCUGCUUUAUGGGCUUGGAGAGAUCUCUGCGCUGAGAACACAACAACAACAAGAACAAGAACAGCAGCAGCAACUUGACAACUGGCGCCAUCUAACGACGGGGCGCACACGUCAAGUUGCCUUGUUCAAUGCUUUGUGUUGUUGUGAUUUUCGCUUCUCAUUUUGCUUGCAAAAAAAAAACAAAAACGAAAUUUUAAUUGAAUAUGCUAAAGUGAUUAGUGCAACAGUUUUUUUUGUGCUAUUUUUUUUUUAUUAUUAUUAAUGGCCGACAUUUGAAAUAUUUAUUUGGCACACAUACAUCUAAUAAUUGUGAUUUAUAUUUGUUGUCUCUAAUUUAUUGUUGCGCGCGCUUUUGUUUUUGGCAAAUUUGCGGUUUUGGGGUUUUUUGUACAAUUUCAAUUUCUGUUUUUGUUGCCCACGAAUACACGAAAUGGAGAACACAAAAAACUUGCACUGCCAAUAAACGAGAAAUUGUUUAAACUGUUUUUGUAACGAACAAAAUGCAAACAGCAAUACAAACAAAAGAAAACGUAGUUUAAAAUGCUACAAAAUUCAAAUACAAAUACAAAUGCAUAAUGUGGCAUGCGAAAUCAAAAUUCUAAUUCAGUGUUUCACACACUCACACAUACACAAUAACACACACACACACACACAAAUACAUAAACACCUUCUCAAUGUAGUAGUUAUUUAAUAAAAUAUUUAACAAAUAUUAAUUUACAUCAAUUUAGCUUUGAAAAAAAUCUGCAAGAAAACUUUUUGAAAAUGGCGCAAAGAAAUGCAAAUUAAAAACAAAUGAAAAAAAAAUCACAACAAAUUUAAAAAGCUAUGCGAAAGAAAGAAAAAAAAAACAAAUCAAUCGAUAUACAUAUAAAAAAUUGCAAGCAGAGCAAAUAACCAAAAAAAAAUAAUUUUUUUUUGGUUUUUGUAAAUCGAACACAGUGUGAGAACCCAAACACUAGGUGGCGCCACAUGAAUUUAUAAUGAUUUUAAGUGCGUUAUUUUGUCCUCUAAUUUGUAUAACAAUUAAUUUAAAAACAUAUUCAACUUAUGUAAUGUUUUGGGUGCAGAAUGGACGGUGAAAAGCGGGGGGAAAAACGAUUCGGGGGAUCAACAAAGCAUGGGGGAAAAAUGCACAACAAAUUUACCGAACACAUUUUCAAUUUGUGAAAGAAAUUAUAUAAAAUACAUGUACAUAAAAGAGAAUUAUUUAUGUAUAUUCAUGUCGCACGUUAAAUGCAACAAAAACCAAUUGAAAUAAAAAGCUAAAUCAAAGAAAACUGAAUGCAAAAAAAAAAAAAAAAAAAAUAAACCCACAAAAAAAAAAAAAAAAAAUAAAAAUAAACAGCGCAAGCAGCAGAAGCAAAUUUUUAAAUUAAAUGAAUAUGCAAUGUAACUGCCAAGAACUAUUCGAGUUAAUGAUGUUCUCUAAGUAGUCGAUAACUAAAUAAAUAUAUAUAAUAUAUAUAUGUAUAUGAGAAUAUAUUUUGUGGUAGCAUUAAACGCUAAAAACAAUAAAACAAAUAAAAAAAAAACAAAACAAAACAAAAACAAUUACAAAACGAAAAAUCGCGCAUUAAAGCGAUAUUAAGAAAAAGAAAUAAAAUAAA